AGAAAUCGAUUUUGAACAAAUGGCAUGCAUGGCAUCUUGUCUUUUACUUUCAUACACUUGUUUCAAUGUUUGGUGAUAACAGCACAUCACAACUUCACAAGGCGGAGGUGGAAAACUAUCUUUACAUUUUGUAGUAUCAUUCUAUCCAGCAACGCUGUGCACACCAUUCUUUCCUCGUUGUUCGCAGUAAUGAAUUGAGCCAUUCAGAGAACGUUUGGAAUUUUCAUCAACAAAAUAUCCAAUGUUAAUCAUCCCUAUUCAGAAUGCCGUUUGAAUUAGAAUUCAACUUAGACUUGAGCUCGCUGUACACAAUCACAAACGACUGGGUAUGGAACUCUGCUGUUGCUGGUACGUCAGCCUUGGCUUUGCUGGGACUUCGCAAGCUUCUGCUUUACACCCAUGACUCCAUCGCCAGGAAAAGAGUCCUUGCCCGCUCGGAGCGGGUAGUUAUCUUCUCCAGGUACCCUCAACCAGGAAAGUGCAAGACCCGACUAAUACCAUUGCUGGGUGAGCGUGGAGCAUACUUGUGUCAACUGCACAUGACUGACAAUCUUCUGCGAAUGUUCUGCUAUGAUUCCGAUGGCUUGUCUUCGAGUCGUGACGGCUGGUGCGUUGAACUCCGGUACUUCGGCGGCACAGCACAUCAACUUUGCCAUUGGCUGGUGCCAUUCAAGUCUGUCCUGGAUCCGCAUGCAACUGUUUGGCGGCCGCAGUGUGAUGGAGACCUUGGUCAGAAGAUGGCGGACGCGUUCAAGACAGCCUUCAGAGAAGGAGCACAGAGAGUAGUUGUGGUUGGCUCGGACAUUCCAGGCCUGACGAAGGACGUCGUCAAACAGGCCAUGUCUGCGCUCAUGCCCGCUGAUGAUGGUGGCAUGCGUGCACAGUUUGUCCUCGGACCCGCACUGGACGGUGGCUACUAUCUUGUUGCUGCUCACUGUAGCAUCGCUGAGAAGCUUGAUGAGCUCUUCACGGGCAUGACGUGGGGCACGGAGGUGGUGCGCGAACAACAGAUCAACGUAGCUCGUAGCCUGGGAAUUGAGCCAAUGAUUCUGCCUGUGCCGCUUUCCGAUCUGGAUGACCCUUUGGAUUUUGGACGGAUUGGAUCCUGCUUUGGUCGCAGUGUCGAGGACUUCCUAGCACCGCGCUGUGCAAUUAUCAUACCAGUCUUGAACGAGGAGCAGAAUAUUGAAGAGUGCAUACGGCACACGGUAGCGAAAGCCGUUUAUCCGGAGCAGCUCGAGAUUGUUGUCAGCGACGGAGGCAGCACUGACUCGACGUGUUCCAAGGUGGAGGCGCUCAUCAGUAGUCCGGAGAGCCUCUGUGGAGUGUCCUUGCGUCUCGUCCACUCAGCACCGGGACGUGGUGAACAGCAAAACAAUGGCGUUGCAGCUGCGUCUUCCACCCCGUACCUUGCGUUCCUCCAUGCUGACACGCGGCUGCCGUUUGGCUUUGACCAACGCAUUGCAGACUGUCUUGGCGUUCCCGGCAACGUGAUGGGUGCCUUUCCAUUCCGUCUGGACUGCUUGGAGCCGAAUGGGCCAUCGUGUUCUUGGCGCUUCCGUCAAGAGAUGAGGCUGAUGUGCGCACUGGUUCGUCGUAGGGUUGUGCAUGCCGAGAUGCCUUAUGGUGACCAGUGCUUGUUCACAACCCGGCAGGCAUUCCAGCGUUGUGGACGGUUUCCAGCAGUGCGCCUCAUGGAGGACUACAUACUGGUAAAACGCAUGCAGCGCAUUGGGCAUGUGCAGAUGGCGGAUGGAGACCCAGCUAUCACGUCCGCACGCCGAUGGAUGAAACAUGGCUAUGUGAAGAUUUCUGGACUUAACCUGCUGCUAGUAUUGCUAUAUGAAUUUGGUGUGCAUCCCGACACGCUAGCCAACAUCUACUACGGCAAGCCACGGCCGCAGCCACUUCAUGCUGACCAAUGAUGGCUAACCUAGCCAUGCAACAUACCGUAGACGAAAUGAGAGGAUCCUGCGUACUCAGUAUACGCUUGCAGGACAGAGGCUUCUGCAGUCAUGUAGGUGUAGGAGGACUUGACUGGAUUGUGCAGUACAGUAUCAGAUAACUAUACUCACUGAUGCUGGUUACCAGCUGGUCUGGAGCCUAUCCGUUUUGAUAGGUACGAGUGUAUCAUACUUAGAUAGUUUUCUUAUACUAGUAUUUUAUAUUGACGAUCACGGCACUCAAGUGCAGGUCACUGUAGUGAGCCCUGGCCAUUAAAAUUCUUCUUCUUUGAAGUAUAUAUUAUGUAUACGAUUUGUUGAUCACUAUACAUCAGUGCAGGUCACUGUAGGGAACUGUAUUAUAAUACUUGUA